AUGGGGGGCAUGAAUGCCAUGGGGGGUGGCCCCGUCGGCGGAGGCAUGCCGAUGAUGAACAACGGUGCGGGAGGUGGAGUCCGGCGACCAGUACCCCCAACCAACACCGACCAGCGAUCGCAGCUCAACACAUACAUCUACGAGUAUUUUCUACGGAACGAUAUGUACGAUUGUGCGAGGUCCCUGCUGAAGAGUGAUCAGCCGAUCAACGUCGAGAAGCUUAGCCCUGGCCGCCACGAUGGGAGUGACGAGGGUGGUGACGGCGAUAACAAAGAUGAUAUCGACUCCAAGCAAUCCCAUGGUCUCCCAGCCCCCUCGAUCCCAAAAGAAUGCCCCGAAAGCUGCUUCUUGUACGAAUGGUGGUGUCUGUUCUGGGAUAUGUUCAACGCCCAGCGUGGUAAGGGAGACGGAGUCAGUGUCAUGCAAUACGUCCAGCAUACCCAAGGACAAUCGCGUAUGCGACAAGACCAGCAGCAGCAGAUGUUGCGUGGACUGAAUGGCGGGAUGGCCCAGCGAGACAUGACUCAAGCUCAAUAUCAGCAAUUGAUGAUGAGAGGCGGUGCUACGAACGGUCUCAACAUUAACCAGCAGAAUGAACUGAGGCACAAGGCUAUCCAGAACAAUAACAGGAACGCGACCCCUCAGCAGAUGAUGCUGCAGGUACAGAAGCAGCAGCAGCAGAUGCAGCGGGAUCCUUCAGACCAAAAUAACCAACAGCGACCACAGUCUCCCGGAUCGGCUGAAAAUGCCCCGUCGCCCUCGAAAAGGCCGCGUCUUGAUGGCACACCCUUUAACCCACAGCAAAUGCCAAACGGAAGAGGACAAGCUGGAGGAAUGCCACAACAGGUGGGAAAACCCAGCCCCAGCAAUGCUAUUCAAGCGGCUCAAAUGCAGCUUACAAAUGGCAUCGAACCAAGCAAUCUGACAGGUCAGCAGUUCCAGAACAACAUGCCAGGCGGUCCCAAUGCGCAAUCCCGAGCUAGCCUUGGGGCAUAUCAAGCAAACCUCGCCCAGCAGCAGGCGAGCCAGAUGCCGGGACCCAAACCCAUGCCAAAUCCCGGUGGUCCCCAGAACCAGGGCUCGCCCAUGAUGAACCAAGGACAAGAAAACGUACAGAUCGCAAACUACUACAACCCCGGAGAUCAGAACCGGAUGCAAGGUGGUCCAGGCGGUCAACCUGGUGCUGGCGGCGGCGGCGGCGGGGGCGGAGGCGGCGGCGGCGGCGGUGGUAACCAUGCUUUACAGGAUUACCAGAUGCAGCUCAUGCUCCUGGAACAACAAAACAAGAAGAGACUGAUGAUGGCGCGCCAAGAGCAAGACAACAUGAUGCCCCGAACUGAAGGGCAAGGAGGAGCACCAGGGGGAGCUGUUGGGCCCAAUGGGCAGCCAUUCCAACAGGGUGCUUCCCCCCAAGGUCCGCGCUCGGUCAACUCACCGAAUCCAGGUGAUCAAAUGAAGCGCGGUACGCCUCACAUGAAUAGCGCUGGUAUACCAUCACCUCUACCUGAAGGCCAAUCCCGAGGAUCGCCCAGUGGAUCUAUGAACUUCAGCCUGCCAGGUGGUCAGAUGGACCCAAGUAUGAAUCCACAAUACUUCAAGAUGAAUGGUAUGGAUCCGAGCAUGGUUGGAGGUAUGCCCAACGGCAUGCGUCCCCCAAGCUCUCACCCGCCAGGAUAUAACCAAAUGACCCAACAGCAAAUAGCUAUGGCUAGACAGAAUCAACAGGUUCAGAACUGGCAAGCCGGACCCAACGGUCAGAUGAUGCCCCAGCCAGCCCAAGGUGGAGCUCCACAACAGAUGGGCACUCCACAGCAACGGGCCAUGCCUCCACCAUCCGCGCCAACAGCGGCGAACGGCCGGACCCAACCUCCCUCCCCGCAACAGAACCCGGCGCCACCUACACCAUCUCAGGCCAACAAGCCAAAUCCGAAGAAGAAGACAGAGGCAAAGGAUACAAAAGCAAAGCGGCCUGCAAAGAAGGGAUCUACCGCCAACCUCAAUGCUGGUGCUACACCAUCCGCCGAAGCCGAUACCGCGGCCACGCCGACGCCAGCCACCCCGAUUACCCCCGUUCACCCAAAGAGCUUCACUGGCCAGAACGGCGCCCCUGCUACGAACGGUCAGCCUCCCGCCCCCCCCGCGAACGCCAACGUCGUCCAACAGCCAGAUCCUCUACAAGGUGGGCUCAACUUCGACACAAGUUUCGACUUCCAAGGCAGCAUGGACUUUGCACAUCCUGGGAAUGGCAACAUGGAUGUGCUUCAAGAUUUCGACUUCGACUCCUUCCUGCACCAAGAUGCUGAAGAUCAAGGUUUCAACUUCGACGGGCCUGGAUUCACUAUGGAUGGCAAUGAGGUUGGUGCAGAUUGA